AUGUCUGCCCACCACUACGACAGAGAGCCCGCCUACAACGACCGCAGACUCUCUGGUACUCAAUAUCACGGGGAUCGAAAUGGCAGAAUGUAUGAAGACCAGUACUAUAGGUCACGAUCAAGAGACCGAUACCGAAGGAGUCGAUCACCUCGCGCACGAUACUCAUCUCCUCCGCAUGAUCGGAACAAGUCUUCACAUAGUGGGGAUGAAUUCGCAAUCAAGGGUGCUUCCACUCGCCGAGAGAGGGACGUAGCGAUUCCACGACCAGACAACAGAGGAUACGAGGACUACCAGCGAGGCCGAUCUCCAUCACCCCAAGGAAGAGAAAGAGCGCCAUAUCGAGACAGGGACCACGAAAGCUACAGAUCGCCCAGCUAUGACAACCGCAGCCGCAGUCGGAUGCGAAGCCGUAAUCAAAGCCGCAGCCGCAGCCAGAGCAGGGAUCGAUCACCAUACUAUGGAGGCCCACCCAGUAGGGAAGUGAUGUUGGAAGGGCUUUUGCUGGAUAUGGUAGAGGAAGACGUUGGCCACCCCAUCCACCAUACGCUCAAUACACCAAUAUGA